AUGCUGUUGGGAGACAGCUCCUUCAGAUGGCCUAUUUAUGCCAUGUAUCUUUGUUUCAUCACGAGUGCACCAUUUGCAUAUGGUCUCAGCCGCCAACACCUGUUUAGUUCUUCAGACAAAUCAGAGUUUGCCAACGACGUGAUUUUUGAAUCGGGUGCGGUGCACAGCCCAGACAAUCUGAUCUUCAAUACGGUGUCAUCCCUUCUUCAAAAGUGGCCGAAUACCAGGUACCGAAACGGACAUACCGUUGUUGCCGCGGAAGUACCGGUAGGCACCUUGUUGUACCACGGCACAUCCAAAAAUGAGGUACCACAAAGUCCUGAAUGGGUCGCCACUGAUCCGGAGCAUUCAUUCAGCUUCUGUCGCAGUCUGUCGACGGACUCGGGAUGCUGGCACUUGACUCUGAUGACCACACGUCCGUUAAAACUGCUGUACUUUGACGGAAGCAGCGCAGCCAAGAUGUCGGAAGGAGUGAUGGACAGUCAGGACCUACUGAUUUGGGACCAAGUUAUGCCGAAUAAGACAUGGGAAGAAGGAGAAAGGAUUGGACGGUUGUGCGAAUGGGGGCAGCAGUACGCACUGGAUGGCUUUCUUAGCGAGAUCAUGCUUUGCGAUUUCUCUCGAGGCGUCAAAAUCUCUUCGUUCCUAAAUAUCAUAGCAGCCGACAAUGCACGACACAAAUCAUUUUUUCCUGACAACCCAAAGAAUCCCCAAAUAUAUCCGUUGCGCCUUUCGACAGCAUAUAGAUUGUUAGAGUCUGGAACCUGGCACAAUCACUAUCCAGGAGAAACGCGCAUCAAACUCGAUUAUUCACGUUUAAUUUCCUUCUACGACACGUCCUUGUUCCCGAAUCUCCAUAGUUCCCGUGCAGGUAAAGAUCGUCGCGCCCAUAGGCUUGACAAGAUCACCACACAGGAAGUAAAUCGCUUCAAAGCUCGACUAGAUGCCCUUUUGACCCAGGGAUCCUCCGACCCCGGGAACGGCCUCGAUUGGAACAGCUUGCAAAAUGUCGUCGUCACUCGAUACGCAGAGAGGCUUGAGUUACUACACUACAUUCUGAGCUCUGCAAAUGGCAACACCGACUACAACGCGACUUUAAAACAGGCUCAUCGCCAGGUUUCCAGCAUGAUUGCCCCCUACUUACUUUGGUCAUCUCUGUCCAACAUGCCCACAACGCUGGGUACAAACCAUGAUUGGGCGUUGCCUGUUUAUAAACAGUGCAGUGAUGCGCAUACUAGAGACUUGGAGCAGUUUAAUUUGGCGAUCUCUGAGCAGCUCAUCGUCAAAUCCAUCAACGGGGUUUCAAAACAGAUAUGUACUGCCCUAGUUGGAAUCUGGGCCGAAGGGAUGGUGAUGGGCUUGGAUGGACCGGAUAUCGAACUACCUUCACAGCAAUUAACGGGUACAGAUUUCAAGACCUUGGUGAUCUGGAAAAAUCGAGUGAAAGGUCUGAUGGAAUGGCUUGACUGGAGCUACUGGGUUAGGUGCAACCCGGCAUGCGGCUAUGAGGAGAUGUGUUAUAUACCCAUGUGGCCGUUUUUCCUCACUGAGGAAGAAAAAACCAACCCACAACCGAAGUGCAUUCGCCGGGUAGAAUCAUUCGAGUUCAAGACCUGA